UUGGAAGCUGCAACCUGGUCCCUUUCUCGGCCGCGGGCCCCAGCUGCCCAGGCUGCCCAGCUGCGACACUGAGCACCUGGGCUGAGUGCCUGCCUGCACGUCAAGCCCAGCCGUAGUCCAAGGCGUACCCGGCAGACCACACACAGUAAAGACACGCACGCAGUCGCCGACACUGACAUCAACCUCAACCUCGACCUCGACCUCGACUCUGGCCCCGACUUCCACACCGGCCCGUCCCCCCUCCCCCUCCCCCUCCCCCAUGGAGCACCUCUGCACCAGCUCCAGCACCGAGCCUGUCUACUAGACCCGCCUUGUCCAUCCAUUCCUUUUGAUCACAAGGAAAACCAGCCGACCUACUUCCUCUUUCCUUCUCCCUCGUCCCCCCUCUUGCCCUCGGCGCAGUCCAGGGAGCGACAUCCACGAUCAACUGCUGCCAGACGGCCCAUCAAGCCAGCGCCCUUACCCUCCCCCCCCCCAAACCCUAACGAUCGCAUUCCACCUCGACAGGACUACCCAACGCGGAUGCCUCCUGAUCCCCCCCCGGCACGGCGACGGCGACCAUGAGCUCCAUCCGCUUUGUCGUGUCCUCUCUGGAUGCCAUCCAGAAACAUGCUGGCACCCGCAACAAGCCCCUGACCGACGGCGUCGAGAAGGCCCAGGCAGCCCUCAAGGAGGCAGACCCCCACCUGCCAGACCCCGAGAUCAUCUUCGCGCCCCUCCAGCUCGCCUCGCGCUCCGGCAACGUCCAGCUCACAACCACCGCCCUCGACUGCAUCGGCAAGCUCAUCUCAUCCUCCUACUUCUCCCUCACCUCCGAGCCGCCCGCCGAGCCACCACCAGCCCCGGAUGAUGAUGCUGCUGCCCCUGCACCCACCCCUGCCCAGCCACAAGCCCCGCUCAUCGAGCGGGCCAUCGACACAAUAUGCGAUUGCUUCCAGGGCGAGGCCACGCCCGCCGAGGUCCAGCUGCAGAUCAUCAAGUCCCUGCUCGCUGCCGUCCUCAACGAUAAGAUCGUGGUCCAUGGCGCCGGUCUGCUCAAGGCUGUGCGCCAGGUGUACAACGUCUUUCUCCUGUCCAGGAACACCAGCAACCAGCAGAUAGCCCAGGGCACCCUGGCGCAGAUGGUCGGCACCGUCUUUGAGAGGGUCAAGACGCGGUUGCACAUGAAGGAGGCCCGGGUGAACCUGGCAAAACUCAAGAAUGGCGAGAGCAGUGCGACCUUUGACCGCAGGGACUCGGUGGACGGUGGCGAGGCCAACGCCGAUGACAGCGACCCCCCCGAAGCCGCCACUGCAGAGCCCCCCACGGCCGACAAGACGGCCGAUGACGGCCCCAAGCUCACCCUGAGGGACCUGGAGCACCGCAAGAGCUUCGACGAUUCCAACAUGGGCGAUGGGCCCACCAUGGUGACCAAGCUGAAAGGGCCGAGGAAGGCUUCCAGGUCCGUGUCGGAACAGAGCAAUGCCGAGACGACCGCCACCGACCGUGACCAGGACGAUGCCCAGGAAUCUCUGGACACCGAGGACGAGAUUUACGUCAGAGAUGCCUACCUUGUCUUCCGCUCCUUCUGCAACCUAUCCACCAAGAACCUACCGCCCGAGAUGCUUUAUGACUUGCGCGGCCAGCCCAUGCGGUCCAAGUUGAUCUCCCUCCACCUCAUACACACCCUCCUCAACAACCACAUCUCCGUCUUCACCUCGCCCUUAUGUACCAUCACGAGCACCAAAAGUAACGAGCCCACGAGUUUCCUGCAAGCGAUAAAAUUCUACCUGUGUCUUAGUAUCUCCCGCAACGGUGCCAGCUCCGUCGACCGGGUGUUCGAGGUCUGCUGCGACAUCUUCUGGCUGAUGCUGAAGUUCAUGCGAGCCCCCUUCAAGAAAGAAAUAGAGGUGUUCCUCAACGAAAUCUACCUCGCGCUGCUGUCCAGGAAAAACGCGUCACCCACGCAAAAGCUGCAAGUUAUCACAAUCCUCCAGAGGUUCUGUGGCGACCCCCGCGCCCUGGUGGAGUCCUACUUGAACUACGACUGUGACAGCCAGAUGAACAACAUCUUCCAAACAAUUGUGGAAGACCUGGCCAAGUACUCCACCACCAAUGUGAUAGUGAAGCCCGAGCACGAGCAGCAGUACGAGGAGAAGGUUGCCAAGAGCAACCCGGGCGACUGGCAGAUGAGGGGCAUGCUCCCACCCUCGCUGUCGGUCGCAAAUAUCGUCCCGCCCGAAGAGCCCGAGAAUGGGAUCCCAAAGGAGUAUCUGAUGAAGCGUGCUGCUCUCGACGCUCUUGUCGAAUCACUACGGUCUAUGGUCAACUGGUCACAACCAGACCAGUCAAAUGGAACUAGCGAGUCGUCCGACGCCGAGAAAAGGCAGUCUCUUGAUGGUGUGAGGGAGUCGAUCGACCCUUCUAUCGCCGACGGCAUGUCGAGGAUGGAGACCCCCGUCAUGCCGUCGACACCCACUAUAGAGGACGACCCCGAACAGCUCGAGAGGGAGAAAGCGCGCAAGACUGCACUCGACAGAGCCAUUCGGGCUUUCAAUUUCAAGCCCAAAAGAGGAAUCAAGAUGCUGCUCGAGGGAAGCUUCAUACCCAGCGACAGCCCCCAGGACAUAGCGCGUUUCCUUCUGACCGAGGAGAGGUUGGACAAGGCACAGAUCGGCGAGUUCCUUGGAGAGGGCGAGGCUAAGAAUAUUGAAGUCAUGCACGCAUUCGUCGACUCGAUGGACUUUCACAAACGGCGCUUUGUUGAUGCCCUUCGGCAAUUCCUGCAGUCUUUCCGGCUGCCCGGCGAGGCUCAGAAGAUCGACCGUUUCAUGUUGCAGUUCGCGUCGCGAUAUCUCGCAGGCAACCCCAACGCGUUUGCCAGCUCCGACACAGCAUAUGUCCUCGCAUACUCUGUCAUCAUGCUGAACACCGAUCUACACAGCAGCAAGAUCGCCAGGCGCAUGACCAAAGAAGAUUUCAUCAAGAACAACAGAGGAAUCAACGACAAUGCUGACCUGCCCCCCGAGUAUCUCACCAGCAUCUACGACGAGAUUGCCAGCAACGAGAUCGUAUUGAAGAGCGAGAGAGAGGCCGCUGCUGCGGCUGGGGUCAUUGCCCCCCAGACCAGUGGCCUUGGCCUUGGCCUUGGUUCGGUAUUCUCAAACGUCGGCCGGGACCUGCGGAGAGAAGCAUACGUGCAGCAGUCCGAGGAGAUUGCUCUCAGGUCAGAGCAGCUUUUCAAAGACCUUUUCCGAAAUCAGCGGAGGAAUGCCGCCAAUGCUGGAGUCAAAUUCAUUCCAGCAACGUCGUUCAAGCACGUCGGGCCCAUGUUUGAUGUCACGUGGAUGUCGUACUUCUCGGCCCUGUCGAAUCAAAUGCAGAAUGCCCACAAUCUUGAAGUGGUUAAGCUCUGCCUUGAAGGCAUGAAGCUUGCCGCAAAGAUCGCCUGCUUUUUUGAGUGGGCCACGCCGCGUGAGGCUUUUAUUUCGGUCUUGAAGAACACGGCGAACCUCAAUAACCCGCAGGAGGUCCUGGCGAAGAAUGUCGAGGCGCUCAAGGUGCUACUGGACCUCGGACAGACCGAGGGGAAUUACCUCAAGGAGUCCUGGAAAGACAUUCUCAUGUGUAUCAGCCAGCUGGACCGUCUGCAGCUCAUAACUGGCGGUGUCGACGAGAGCUCAGUGCCGGACGUUUCCAAAGCACGUUUCGUGCCGCUACAGCGAGAGAACACAACCGAUUCGCGCCGGUCUACUUCGUCGAGGAAACACCGUCCCCGCAACAACACAGGCCCACAAGGAUUCUCGACAGUGCUCGCUCUGGAGGCCAGGUCUGAUGAGAUAAUCAAAACGGUAGACCGAAUCUUUACUAAUACCGCGAACCUCGACGGCGAUGCGAUCGUUCAUUUCGCGCGGGCCCUGACUGAAGUGAGCUGGGACGAAAUCAAGGUCUCUGGCGCACAUGACAGGCCUCGCAUGUACAGCUUGCAGAAGAUCGUGGAGAUCAGUUACUACAACAUGACACGUGUGAGGUUUGAGUGGACUCACAUAUGGGACGUCCUUGGCGAGCAUUUCAACAAGGCCGGGUGCCAUAUCAAUGAGACCGUUGUCAUCUUCUCCAUCGACUCUUUGCGGCAACUGUCGAUGAGGUUCAUGGAGAUUGACGAACUCCCUGGUUUCAAAUUCCAAAAAGACUUCCUGAAGCCUUUCGAGCACGUCAUGUCAAACUCGAGUAACCUCAGGGUGAAGGAGCUGGUCCUCAGCUGUCUGAUUCAGAUGAUCCAGGCGAGGGGCGAGAACAUCCGGUCUGGUUGGAGGACCAUGUUCGGAAUAUUCACCGUCGCAGCUCGGGACCCGAACGAGACAAUUGUCAAUAUGGCAUACGAAAACGUUCUCAAGGUGUACAAGACACGUUUUGGUGUUGUGAUCAACCAAGGCGCGUUCACAGAUCUUAUCGUCUGUCUUACAGAGUUCUCAAAGAACAUGAAAUACCAGAAGAAGAGCCUGCAGGCAAUGGAGACACUUAAGUCAGUCAUCCCGCAGAUGCUCAAGACGCCGGAGUGCCCGCUAUCCCGGAAAUCCGACCUCGGUGCUGCUCAGUCGAGCAUGGCAGACAUCAAUCUCAAGUCGCCAGGGCAACAGACUCGGACGUCGGUCGAAGAAGGUUUCUGGUUCCCGGUCCUGUUUGCCUUUCACGACGUCCUCAUGACAGGAGAAGACCUCGAGGUCCGCUCAAACGCUCUGAACUACUUCUUCGAGGCCCUACUUAGAUAUGGCGGGGGCUUUCCCCCAGAGUUCUGGGAUAUCUUGUGGCGUCAACAACUCUAUCCAAUCUUCAUCGUCCUGCGGUCCAAGCCGGAAAUGAGCAAUGCUCUGAACCACGAGGAGCUGUCAGUAUGGCUCUCUACAACCAUGAUCCAGGCUCUUCGCCACAUGAUCACGCUCUUCACACACUAUUUCGAGGCCCUCGAGUACAUGCUCGACCGUUUCCUGGAGCUUCUCGCGCUCUGCAUCUGUCAGGAGAAUGAUACCAUUGCAAGGAUAGGGAGCAACUGCCUGCAGCAGCUUAUCCUGCAGAACGUCAGAAAAUUCACAGUGGAGCACUGGUCAAAGAUAGUCGGCGCGUUCUGUGAGCUCUUCGAGCGGACCACUGCUUACCAGCUUUUCUCGGCUACGACCAUCAACAGUACGGCCUCGCUGGCACCGGCGUCGAAUGGCGUGGAUUUUGGUGAGCCGCUGAGCCCAGGCGUGGAAGGGACAGACGAUGAUUCCAAAUCUCUCAAGAUCAAUGGCACGGAGACAAAUGGUCAUUCAGAGGACGACCGCCCUUCGACAGCAGCUAGCACUGUUCCAGAGGAAGACCCUCAGAGAACGCCGACAACAGCGAAGCCGCUCGAAGAGUUCAAGCCCUCGAGCAACCUUCAGAUGCCCCCACCUCAGAUCUCGGCUGCGCGGCGCCGGUUUUUCAACCGCAUUAUCAGCCGCUGCGUCUUACAACUCCUCAUGAUCGAGACCGUCAACGAGCUUUUCAGCAAUGACAACGUCUAUGCGCAGAUCCCAUCCAACGAGCUACUGCGACUUAUGGCCGUGCUCAAGAAAUCUUUCCUGUUUGCGCAGCGAUUCAACAACGACAAGGAGCUGCGGAUGCGUCUCUGGAGGGAAGGUUUCAUGAAGCAGCCACCCAACCUGCUGAAGCAAGAGUCUGGCUCUGCGGCGACGUAUGUCGCCAUUCUGUUCCGAAUGUUCGGCGAUACGGACCCGCGUAGGAGCGAAUCCAAAGCCGACGUGGAAAACGCGCUGGUGCCCCUGUGCAAGAGUAUAAUCCGCAGCUACGUCACGCUCGAGGAGGAGAGCCAGCACCGCAAUAUUGUGGCCUGGAGGCCUGUCGUGGUGGACGUGUUGGAGGGGUACGCGGCAUUCCCAGAGCAAUCUUUCAAGAGCCACGUCCAGUCCUUCUACGGGCUGGUGGUCGAGCUCAUGGCAAGCAAGGAAAUGACGGGUGAGUUGAGGGGUGCUAUCCUCGGUGUGUUGAGGCGGGUGGGAGAGGUCGAACUGGGGAUUAAAGGGAUGGUCAACGCGGUUACUGGUGACGAAGAUAUGAGGAGGGCCAGUGUGGUGUCCACUAGGAGCGAUGCGACAAGCGCGCUUGUGGACCGGGAGGGUGUUGAUGCGAGCGCCAGGAUGUUUGGCAGAGGGUGAGGGCAAUAGGCAGUACGUGCUGUGAAGGCGCGCGGGAGCGAGACGAGGCAUGAACAGGGCAACGUUGGACUAGAUAUUACCCUUCUUGUGUUUAUAAUGGUACAGAAAAGGUCUGGGAAAUACAGGGAUAUCGCGGUCCCUUCAAGACAGUUGCAGAGGCGUUGGGCACCUAGGUAGGUGCCUAUCAACAACACUUUCCACCAGGA